AUGAAUUCUGUCGCUUCAUUCGAGGCUCACUCGCCAUCUUCCGAAGAUACGCGCCUUGACAGCGUUGAUGAAAAAUUGGGGCAUGAAUUCAGCACUUUGGAGGUCGUCCCUCCCAGCAACCUGGAGCACUACCAAACACCAUCACAAGUGCGGAAUUCUUUCUACCGUAAUUGGUUUCAGUCAAGCGGGCUGUUAGAUGACAAGAUUGCAAUCAUUCCUCCUCCGCCUGUUGCCGAUUUUAAACCCACUACCCCCGGCACUUCGCCUGAAGGUGUAGGACCAACUACCCCAGUAACAAUAUGCGGCAUGCCUCAGCGGGCUUUCUGGAUAGUCUUCGGUGUAAUAGCCGGUCUUUUGGCUCUCGGCGCCAUUAUUGGAGGUGUUGUGGGAGAAAUAGAAAACAACAGGUCACCCACGCCAGUUGUCACUGUCACGACCACUGUUGCGCCGAGCUCCACUGCUGCUACUACAACUUCAGUCUGUGCCGGAGGAACAGGAGAGGGAAAUCUCUCUGGACUUUGUUCUUUUGCCUGCAGCUAUGGAUACUGCCCGGCGGGUUCGUGUACAUGUACAGCUUCCGGCACUCCGGUUCCUACACCACCGACCACAGGUGUUGAUGGCGUGCCUCUGUCAGGCGAAAACGAGGCAUAUGAAGGACUGUGCAGCUUUUGCUGUAAUCAUGGAUACUGCCCUUCCAGUGCGUGCACCACAAAUAGUACAUCAGCGUUAUAUACGUCGGUUACACCUGCAUCAACUUUAUCUAUAUCGACCUCAUCUAUACCAACAUAA